AUGUCACUUCCGCCCGCUACGGGUGCUGUGGAGCUCGGUUCCUUCAAGCAACAUGUCAUUCGCCUCCUUACUCAAAGUAAACGAUUAGACGGGCGCCCAUUUGACUCUAUCCGAGUUCCGCAUAUUCUUUACGAAAACCGACAGGAUACGAAAAUAAAUCGCGUUCUGGCGUCUACGCUAUACACAGACGACACAGGAACAUGUGUGAACUGUAUCGUCACUGGUGUGUUUGGCCCACCGCCGCCACAACACCCUGAGGAGGGUCGUCUCACGGUGGAAGUUACGGCUCCGUUUUUCCCGGGUUACAGCGCAUUCCAGAUUGAAGGGACGCUGCAUGAAUUGGCUCGCUUCGUUCGUUCAACCAUCAUCUCUUGCCUGGAUCUCACCGAGCUUUGUGUGAUUAGCGGAGAGGCUUGCUGGGUACUGCGUGUGGAACUGAUUGUGAUGAAUGCUGAUGGUGGCCUCCGGGCUGCUACUCUUCACGCGGCUGUUGCAGCUCUGCAUAAUUUGACGCUUCCUAAAGCACGCCUUCCCAGUGGGGAUGUGGUGGAAAGCAGGUGUCUGUGCUUUCACAGGAUUCCAGUGGCCGCCACCAUUGGCCUGUGUGGCACCGCAGGCAGUAUGCAGUUCCUGCUGGACACCAACGCGGCGGAGGAGAGCGUGGCGGAUGUUCUUCUCACGGUCGUAAUCGAUGAGACGGACGGAAUUGUCUCUUUUUUGCAUCACGGGCGGUUUCCACUUCUUUUGCCCCAUUUGACUGACGCGAUUGACAUGGUUGCGUCGCAUGGUGCAGCACUGCGCUCGGCGAUACUCAAGUCCAGCAACCUUCCUCAGUAA